UGUUUCCCCUGGUCUGUGCUGUGCAAAACUAUGCAUGGGGUAAGCGAGGCCGGGACAGCCAAGUUGCCAAGUUCUUAGAAAGCAAUGACCCUGUGGCACAGAUUGAAGCUGACAAACCAUACGCUGAGCUCUGGAUGGGUGCGCACCCCAAGGGAGAUGCAGUCAUUCUGGAUAACCGCAUUCCCCAAAAGGCUUUAAGCCGGUGGAUCACAGAUAACCCUGCCUGCCUGGGUUCAAAGGUGAAGGACACCUUUCAAGGUCAGCUGCCUUUCCUCUUCAAAGUGCUGUCGGUCAAUUCCGCUUUGUCCAUCCAGGCACAUCCUACCAAGGAACUGGCAGAGAAACUUCAUGCUCAAUAUCCAGAGCACUACCCAGAUGCCAAUCACAAGCCUGAGAUGGCCAUCGCCCUAACUCCCUUUGAGGGCCUGUGCGGUUUCCGGCCUGUGGAAGAGAUUGUAGGUUUCCUCCAGAAUGUCCCUGAAUUUCGAGCUCUGAUCGGGAGUGUGGCGGCGGAACAACUGGAGCGAAGCGUGAGGGACGACCCCCGAGGCGUGUCAGCUGCUCUGCGGAUUUGCUUCACCAGGAUGAUGAAGAGCGAGAAGAAAGUCUUUGUGGAUCACCUCAACCUGCUGGUCAAGCGGAUUUCCCGGGAAGCUGCUGCAGGGAGAGAUAUUUCAGCCAGUUGUGGUGAACUGCUUCUCAAGUUGCACUCCCAGUUCCCAGGAGAUAUCGGUUGCUUCGUUAUCUACUUCCUGAACCAGAUGAAGCUGCAGCCUGGGGAAUGCAUGUUUCUGGGAGCAAAUGAACCUCACGCGUACCUCUACGGAGACUGCAUUGAAUGUAUGGCUUGUUCUGACAACACGGUGCGCGCUGGUCUGACGCCCAAAUUCAUUGAUGUUCUGACCCUGUGCGAAAUGUUGAACUACGCACCCGCUCCUCCCAACUCAAAGUUGUUGGCCCCCACUCAAAGCCGCCUGGAUCCUUGCGUCUCCCUGUAUGACCCACCCAUUCCUGAUUUUGCUGUCAUGAGGAUAGAGAUCCCUUCCUCCGUCAAGCUGUACCUUGUUUCGGCCAUCGACUCAGCAAGCAUCUUGCUGGUGGUCCGGGGCUCAGCCGUUGGCACUUCCACGGCAGCUGGGUCUGAAAUGGCUCUACGCCCAGGUGCUGUCCUUUUCAUGUCUGCCAACGAGAGCGUCUCAUUGCAUUUCUCGUCGGCCAAGGGGAUGCUUCUCUUUCGGGCCUGCUGCCUCUUAUAACAAGGGACACCGAGCUCUUUUCCUCCUUCGUGUGACUCAGCUUAAGAUCAAUAGAAACUGCACUUUGCUCUACGUGUCUCCAGUUUGUUCCACCCUUCGAGUCAUCACAUUCAAAGCCUUCAAGGACUGAGGCUCAGGCUACUUAUGCGUAUCAACUGUUUUCUCUCCUCGGUUGGCUUUCGGCCAAUGCCACCAUCUGUUAAUUGCUCUGAAAUGUGGGGUUGGAAAUGCUCUAGUCGCCCUGCUGCCCCCUAGGCGGAGGCACACAGAGGCUGCGGGCAAUGUUUUGUUUUCUGCUGCCACAGACUGAGUUGCCAAAGAACAUAAUGUCUCAAUAGAUGCU